AUAGACUGACAUGCGCAGAAUGAUAUGUAUAUAUAUUUCAAUGCGUACGCGUGCGGACUGAAUCUAUUGAACAACAACAGCAGCUACCAGCAGCUCCAGGACGUGAGGAGAGAGUGGUUAGAAACAGCCAUGGCUGGCCAGAAUGUUUUGCCAUAUGAAUAUAAAAUACUGCACUCCAACUUCACAGACGACAAUGGUUUAGUAACAGCCAUAGUACGCAUGAACGAACCUGGUUUCAAGACAGAUAAACAUGACAAAUGUUCUGUAGCUGUUACGCUAGAAGAGAGAUUUAUUGAAGUUCUCAUUUUCAAGAAAAAUGAAAAAGGGAAAGUUAUCAAACGCUACAAAUGCGUAGAAAGGACAUCUCCUUAUGAUACGGAUGAUGUUGCUAUAAAGUGUAAGGAUGACACUGUACUUCUCAAGUUGAAGAAGCGAAGUGAGGAACCUUGGUCCGCAACUCCAUUUAAUGGAUAAGCACAGAAUCUACGAGUCUCCGUCUUGGGCGAAUAGUAAUCAGACCACUUUGCAUGUAUACGCUGAAAGGACUCUUAAUGCUUGACAAUUGACAAUUAUACCCAUGGAGGAAUUUCGAAGACUUACGGAUAAUAGCCUUCACAGACUAAAACGGAUUGAUGGCGUAUCAUUUUAUCGAGUCAAGCCAUAAAACAAAUAAGAAUAAAGAUGGUAUUUGAUGUAUA